CCACCUCUUGAUGUAGGUACCUAUCUAUAGAUACCCUCCGUUCGUUUUGACCCAUCUCAUCGAUCUUAACUGAUUCUUUAAACUUCCUAUACCUUCUCAUAUCUUCUCUCUUAUCUGAUUGAAGUAUCCGAUACUUUCAAUCAAAUUCCAUAUAUUUUCCAUUCUUGAUUGUAGGUCAAGUCUAGUUGUUUUGAAUCAUCUACUACCUCUUCGUCUUCUCCACGCCGCUAUCAUAACAAACCAUCUCCCGAGACACCAUCUAUACAUAUCCAUUUCGACGCUCGUUGGGAUCUUUCUAAUAUUUUAUAAUAGCGUCGGGAAUUCCACGUUCUUUGUGAAAUCGUCCUUGGUUCGAGUCGGUCGCAUUCAUUUUAUCAAGUAAGUAUGUAUCAUCUGUACUUGGUAUUCACUUUCACCUUUUCUCAUCCUCACUGCCAUCAUCCAUAGUGAAUUGCGCUAUUAUUUAUCGAUACCCCGCUACUUGCCUUUCAUUCCACUUUGCCACGUCGCGUCUGUCCCCAGGCGAAAUUGUCUUCUUCCUUCACUCAUCCCAUUUUGCUCUUCUUUUCUUGCUUCUGUUCCUUACCUUUACCUCGAUCAACCUUGCACCCCUCCAAUUACUCUCCUACUUCAAUCAUACGUUCCUGAUUCAUUGUUGACUUUAUCGCUCAGAUUCCACACAAUUAUCUUCUUAAUUUCAAGGUACGUAGAUGAUCAACUGAGUCUCCGUGGCACCAGAGUUUUCUUCUCCCCUUUCCUCUCCAUCUCUAUUCCCUACACACUUUUUGAACUGAACCAAGUAUUUACUUCUUUACAGAUCACUUUUAAGUAAACAUGUCUGCCUGGGGUACUGGGGAUAUGGCUGCUGCCUUGCCCGAUGCAACCGAAACAACUGAUGUUGCCGUUGUAGAGCGCAAGAACCCUCAAGAGGCUGGAUGGGUCGUUGCAAAGAAGUACGACUACGAGACUUACAAUAAGUCCACCAAGGAACAAGCAGAAGCUCGUGUAGCUGCUGCUGCAGAUACUGGGUCUGAUCCAGCAGCCGAUGCAGAUGAUGAUGCCGAGCCUGAGACACUUGCAGUAGGUGGUCUUCUUCCUGGAGAAUGGGCCUCGAGUGGCGCUGUGUACGAGUGGAAUGAGGAAUAUGGUGAUGUUGGCCCUAGAUUCCCCGAUCUGGAGGAUCAGUUAUUUGGCAAGAACAACAACCAUGUUCGUCAAGGCGUCAACUUUGAAAGGUAUUUGUUUUCGUUUUUCAGGAGACAAUAAAAUGCUAAUUUUUUCUUUUAGCAUUACCACUCUCGCCGUUACCCAAGAGGGAACCGUCAAGAUUGACCCCAUCCGCAAGUUUGAGGAUGCGGGAUUGCAUCCCGUUAUGCUUGAAAAUGUAAAGCUUGCUGGUUAUCAUGUCCCAACCCCUAUACAACAGUACUGCCUCCCAGCAGUAAAGAAAGGACAUGAUGUAGUUGCUUGCGCUCAAACCGGUAAGCUGUAAUUGGCGCUUCUUGCUAAACAUGAACGACUUGCUGAAUUCCAAUGUUUGCAGGUUCUGGCAAGACUGCUGCUUUCUUGAUUCCAAUCUUGUCGAAAUUGAUGGGUAAGGCUAAGAAGCUUGCCGCACCUCGCCCAAACCCUGCCACUUAUGUGCCAAGUCGAGAAAAUUAUAUUAAGGCUGAGCCAUUGGUCGUCAUCGUUUGUCCCAGUCGCGAGCUGGCAACUCAAAUUUUUGACGAGGCUCGUCGUUUCUGCUAUCGCACUAUGCUUCGACCUUGCGUUGUUUAUGGCGGUGGUCCUCUCGCAGAGCAACUUGGUCAACUUGCUAAGGGCUGUGACCUGCUUAUCGGUACCCCAGGUCGUCUUUGCGACAUGAUUCGCCGUCCUCAUGCUCUAACUCUCAAGCGCCUAAAAUACAUGGUCAUCGAUGAGGCAGAUGAGAUGUUAGACUCUAGUUGGGAGGAAGAGUUGAAGCAGAUUAUGAGCGGUGGUGGUAAGUACUUCAGUUCUUCGUGUUUGUUUUGUACAUUACUAACUUUGAAAUAGACCAAGAAGAGGGCAACAUCAAUUAUAUGAUGUUUUCUGCCACCUUCCCAAAGAUGGCUCGUGAUAUUGCGAAGGAUCAUCUAGCUCACGAUCAUGUUCGCAUUCGUGUUGGCCGAGCUGGUAGUUCUCACGCCAAUAUCAAGCAGGAUAUCAUCUACGUUGAGCCGGCUAGUAAGCGUCAAGCUCUUUAUGAUUUGCUUCUAUCAACUCCACCUGCUCGUACCAUCAUAUUCGUCAACACCAAGCGUGCCGCCGAUGAAAUCGAUGAUUUCUUGUUCAACAAUGAUCUUCCAUGCACGUCUAUUCAUAGUGAUCGUACUCAACGCGAGCGUGAAGACUCCAUUCGUGCUUUCCGCAAUGGCAAGAUGCCCAUCUUGAUCGCUACUGGCGUUUCUGCUCGUGGGUACGUAUACCAUUACAUCUCUCCUCUUGCACAUUCCAAUAUCCUCUUCCACUCAACAUUCCUCUUCCAGGUCAUUUACUAACACUCUCAAAGCUUAGACGUCCACAAUAUUAUGCAUGUGAUCAAUUUCGAUCUACCAUCUCAGGAUCAUGGUGGCAUUGAAGAGUAUACUCAUCGAAUUGGUAGGUUCCCUCUAUCUCAACAUGACUUUACAGCUGACUUAUAAACAAUCAAUAGGUCGCACUGGUCGUAUUGGUAAUAUGGGUCUUGCAAGCUCAUUUUAUAAUGAUCGUAAUGAAGAUAUUGCCGAAGCCUUAGUCAAGACAUUGUUGGAAACCCGCCAAGCUGUUCCUGAUUUCCUUGAGUCAUAUCUCCCUGAAGGCUUUACCAUGGAUGGUCAAACCGGUGAUCUCGCUACUCUUAAGUUUGAAGCCGAUUCAGAUGAUGAAGAGGAAGGUGGUGAGAAUGCUGAAGGCAAUGCUGAUGCUGGUGGUUCCUGGGGAACUGAUGCUGCUGCCGGUAGUGCUGGUGGUGGUUGGGGUGCCGCCGAAACUACUAAGGCUGCUCCAGCUGGUGAUGGUUGGGGAGCUCCAGUUGCUGGUGGAUGGUCUUAGACCUCGGUUCUGACAUUUAUCUUAGAUCUUCCUACUGGCAUUUCAGAUGUCUUUAGUAAUCUGCUUCUAUUUGUUCAGAAUCUGGGAACAUAUAUGGGUAGGGACAGCCUUGCUUUGCACAAGGACUCCCUUCCUGUUAUGUUAAAAUUGUAUGCCUAUACUCAGGCGGAGUUGCCUUUGGGGCGGGAAUGGCCUUGCUUUGGAACAAGGAUUUCCUGCCUGGUAUGGAUGCAUCGAAUAUGGGUUCUUUGAUUUAACUUUCUGCAUGAAACAAAAAUGGGACAUU